CCCAAGGUCCCGUAUAUCCACAAAUAGUUCCCUUUUUGAAAAUUUCAUCCUAGUAAAAGUUGUAGAUCUUGAAAAGUUAUGCGAAAUGAAAAAAAAAAUCGCUACGAUCGGAUACCCGAGUGAAAAGUUACGUUCGUUUGAAGUUUCGGCCGAAGUUAGGAGUUGAUCGAAAAAAAAAAAAAAAUGUUGACCAAACCGCUGGGUGGGGUGGCAGUUUUGAGUCAAACCGCCACCCCACCCAGCGGUUUGGUCAAAUUUUUUUUUUUUUUAUAACCGCUCCCUAGGCCCGCGGUUUGCAUAGAAAACCGCGCAUCCGACAAACGGUUUUAGUGUAAACCACAGGGUGGGGUGGCGGUUUUUGAAAAAGGGUGGUAUUUUUGGAAAUUUUUAGGGUUGGGUGGUAUUUUUGGAAUUUGUUUUUUAAACAGUGGUAUUUUUGGAUUUUUUCCUUAUUACUAUUCGUCUCUUUUGCCUCAUCAACCAACAACUUGCUUGCUUGCUGCCUCUGCCUUCGUUUAUUAAUUAUGGAACUAAGGAUUCGAUCAAAACUCAGUAACACCACCAUUGAUACUCAUGAGGUCAGUGGUCCGGUAGCAAAAACUAAAAAGGAGCGGACCAAUAAUGCAUUUGGUUCGGAUUGGUUAGAUCAUAUUUGUUUGAGCCUAGAAUGUUCUAGGCGGUUUGAUGAAGAACGAGCAAAGCGUCUGUGUACCAGAUGGUGGGUGUACUCCUGAUCCCUGCAAAACAAGGGUGUGUGGGCGGUCGCAUAGGACACUCUCCAAUGCUUAAGUUAGAGAGAGGAGAGAAUUUGUGUUCGUGUUUAGAGAGAGAGGAAGUAGUUGAGUUACCAUCAAUGCAGGUAUGAAGGUAUUUAUAGUCAGUUAGGUUGGGUUUGUGGCAUUAAAUGCCAUUCACGCGCCCUAGACACGCCCUGCUUUAUCUAGAUCGCCUAUGUCGGGCAUUAAUGCUCAGUCCUGCAGUUUUCGAGGCAAAUAUCCUAGGAAGAUCUUCUCUUUCUGCCACCAACGGUACUUUGUGUCAGGCGGCCUAUUCCUUGUUCCGUCCUAGGCUAGACGCCUGCCACUCUCUUUUCCCUAUGUACGAUCCCUUAUUGGGUCCUCCGUUGGGCCUUCCCAAUUUACUCUCUUUGGACCUAAAGCCCAACACCGCUCAACAAUGGGCCCAACAAUAUUGUCAAUUCAUUCUAUUUUUGUUCAAUAUUUAUAAAAAUUCAUGGGACCAUGAACUUGAUCAUAUUAUGUUUGGUUCGUUAUGAUCUAGUUCAAACGUCUGUUCGAUAUGGUGCGAUCUGAUACGGACCAAUCGAAGUAAGGUUGUCAUACCUAAUUAAGCCAUCAAACCGGUUCGACAAGUGGGUUGAGGUUUAAUGUUUGGUUCGGGUUUAGCCAGUUCAAGUCAAUUUUAACAUAAUAUGUGAGAAAAUCUCUAAUAGUAAAUAGAUUAUGCAUAUAUUUAACACAUUUAAAAAAAUCUCACUAAUCUACAUUUAUAUACUACCAAAUUAUUUCUUAAAAAAAUAUAUAUUAUAAAAUUAUCUAUCAACAUUCUUAAACCCAGUUUUGAUUUGUUAGACCACCCAAAUCUUGACUGAUGUACUUGGUCCAAGUCUCUCUCUCUUGGUUUUUUGAAUUUCAAAACCUCCCCUCUCUCUCUAGUUUCCAACCCCAUCUUCCAAAGGGCUGCUGCCGGCACCACCUAGUGACCGGCGGCGGCCCAAGCUUUCCUUUAUGCUUUCUUUAGUUUUGCUUGUUCUUUGCCUUUUUCUUGUGCUUUUUCCAGCCUUUGGCUUCUCUUGUUCUUUCUGAUUUUCCAGCCAGCGUUGGCUUCUCCUGCUCUUAGUGGCUUUUGCUCGUUCCCUUGUGGAAUCCUUCCAUAAUCCUUUCUAUUGGAGAUGGGUUUGUUCUUGGUUUACUCGUUUGGUCCCGGCCUUGCUCUGUUUUCGACCCGGAAGAUGCAGAUUGGGGAUUCUUUUGCUAGGUUUGAUGUGAAGGUUCUCCAUUCUUGGUGCGGUCAUCACUUUGGGUGAUUGCAUUCACCGUUCCCCCCUCCCUCGUCGUUUUCGCUGCUGGAUCUAUGUAUCCCUGCCGAUGUUUAGGAAUGGGUAAUGUUGUCUCUUCCGGUUACCGCUGCUGCUGAUCCAUGGUUUUCUAAGAUGUGAGCUUCACCAAGGGUUGAUUUGGUUUGUGGUUGGGGGUUGUAGGUGGUGGCGUGGCGUUGUUCUCCUUUGCGUUGUUUUUGGGUUUUGGUGGGUUGGACUUUGUUGUCCAUGUGGCUUUCGUAGGGGUUUUUUUUUGUGAGUUGUUGUCUUCCUUUUUUCUUGAUUUGGUGGGGUGUUUUCUGUUGGGUUCUUGGAUUGUGUUGGGUUUUCUGGUUGGUUGUUCUUGGGUGUUCUCUGCGUAGGUUCGUUCCUUUUUGUGAGCUUUCAGCCCUUUGUUGUGCUCUCCUCUGUUUUAUCAUGUUUUGUUCUGGCAGCGGUUUCCUUGGCCUUGCUUCAGCUUUGAGUAGUCUGGUUUCAGUCCUGUCCACCGCCAUGUAAUCUCAAUUUGUGAUUCACUGUGAUGGGUCGUCUUCGAACAACUCCCAGGAGGCGGCAUAUGGUGUUGCUAUGUUCAAUUGCCAUGGUAAGGUCUGAUUUGGAUGAGCUGAAGUUUGCUUCUUGCCACUCGGAUGAAUGAGGUUGCAAAGAGUGUUUGGAUACUCUGGGAUUUGGCUCAUGAAAGAGAUCUUCAUUGCUUCGUUUGAUCAUGCUGUAUUUUUCGCUUUUGUCUUUGAGAUUGUACCUCUUGUUUCCAGAUCUCAUGAUGUUUCUCCCUCUUUGUAAUCGAAUUUUUCUGAAGUGCAAUAUAAGCUACCUCUUUGUCAAAAAAAAAAAAAAAUCUUGACUGAUGUAAUCCAGUUAUGACUUUUUUCAGAACAGUCAAAUCGAAGAGUAUUCCAAUAGUUUAGAGGAUUGAUUUUGACUUUUGAUCGGACCCAAUUGAACCAAUCUACUGAAUACAAGUUUUCGUAUUUGAUUGUUCCAUCUGCCUUUUCAAUGCAAAACAACGAACCAUAAAUAAAAAGUUGCAUUGACUAAAAGAACCCCACAUAAUACUGAUACUGUCAUUCAAAAGGUUUGAUUGAGAUUGGGCCUGAAGCUAAGAGUCAAAACUAAAAAAAUUGGUACUUGAUAACUUUAGGGUCAAGCCCUAACCUUCUGGGCCCUUACCAUAAGCCCAUCUGCGUGGAACUAGUGAAAAGAGAAGUAAUUUGGAGAACAAAAUUAAAAAACAAAAUCGAGUUGGCGCUUCAGUGUCAUUCGGCCGCCGAUUGCCCUCCUUUCUCCUGCUUCCUUCUCCUCCGGCUGCCGGCUGCCAUUCAUACAGUGUUGCAGAGACUGCCGCUUUGGUUUCAUGACCGUCCUGGAAAAUCAACCAUCUGCGGUCAGUUCUUCGCAUAUGAAUUUCUUCAUUCUCUAGUUUUCUUUCAAAGGUAUUUCAUAUAGCACCGGAACUUCGUUGCCCUAGUCCUUUUUGAGCGACCCCGAUACAAAUUAUUAUGGCCGCUUUUAGAUUGAUUAGUAGAAUUCUGAAUCGGAGAACCGUUGUAGCGUUGAGCUCUCCGGCCGCGCAGCUCGCUGGGAUUUCUGUGCUAAAUUCAUUACAUGGAUUCAGAAGCUUCACUUCUCAGAUUGCACCGCAAGAAGGGGAAGAUGGGCAUUCCUUUCCAGCCUCUUAUCUAAUGAGCUCACAUGGGUUCUCACCAGACAGAGCUAAAGUUUCAUCCAAGUUUCUGAAAUUUCGGACGACCGAGAAACCAGAUGCAGUUGUUGAUCUGCUGAGAAGUCAUGGAUUCUCCGGUACCCAAAUCGCCAGAUGCAUCAAAUAUUACCCAGUUCUACUUGAGCUGGAUCCAGAGAGAGUACUUCGUCCCAAGCUCGACUUCCUUCUCUCCGUUGGGAUUUCUCGCCCCGAGCUGAUAAAGGUCGUCUCGUCCAAUCCUUAUUUACUGAUUAUGAGCUUAGAGAAAUGCCUGAUUCCUCGCUAUAAUCUUCUCAAGGAUGUCCUGGUUGAUGACAGGACAAUUGCGAGUGUCCUGAAGCGCAAUUACGGGGGCUUUGCUAGCCGUAAAGAUUCCAAUUUAGUGCCCAACAUAGCACUUCUUAGGAAGCUUGGAGUUGGUGAGAAUCGCAUCACUUACCUGGUCUCUCACUGCCCUAUUGUGCUUUUCAGGCCUCACUCUAAUUUUGCUGAGAUUGUUGAGCUUGCCAUGCAUUUCGGAUUUCAUCCAUCGACAUUCAACUUUGUGGCUGCAAUUAAAGCGAUUUCAAGCAUGACGAAGACAAGUUGGGAGAACAAAUUACAGGUUUAUGGGAAAUGGGGGUGGGCAAAAGAGUUGACCUUGUCGGCUUUCAAGAUGUACCCAAACUGCAUGUGUGCUUCAGAGGAGAAGAUCAUGCAGAUAAUGGAGUUCCUUGUGAACGAACUCGGCUGGGAAUCAGAGGCUGCUGCUAGGUGGCCAUGUAUCUUCGGGUUUAGCUUCGAGAAGAGGGUUGUUCCUAGGUGUUCGGUUGUGCAACUCUUGCGGCUAAGAGGGUUCAUAGAUGAUAUUCCUGGGUUCGGUAGUUUCCUGUACUGUGCAGAGGACAGGUUUAAGGUUAACUUUGUUGCCAACUAUCCUGAUGAUAUUAAGGCUCAGUUGUUGGAUGUGUAUGAACGCCGAGUGAAGGUCGUUGAUUUUCGGACUAUGGCUGUUGAAGAGAUUAAAGCAAGAUCCUAGUCGGACCUUUUCAACCAUGUUCUUGAUUUUGACAGAUGCUUGAGAACAACAUGUUGUAUCCUUAUCGGUACGUUUCUGUAACUUCUUCAUUGUUAGGUUCGAUAUUCGUGGAGGGUUUCAGGUUAAACUGUGCAGGGCUUGCAAUCUGUCGCUUUUGUAUAUAUGCCGUGAAAAUAUUUUCUUCCACAGCUUCAUCAUUCAAACUUUUGAAUCAAGUGUCAUCAGCUCGAUUUCUGUAACCAUUUUAAUAGCGUCUUCUUAGAUGUCAUAGUUCGUCUGUUCGUUCAAUCACUUAUGUGUCCUCAAAGUUGUCAAGGACGCUUCGUAGUUAACUGGAUUGUUAUUGUUCUUGGCAGAUCACAGUGGCUGAGCUCAAGUUUGAUUGAAUUCUGUGUGAGCACCCUGUCAAAUUUCAACGUACAUUUCAAUACCAUAGCAGGAUUACCUCAUUGUUGUUCUUAUUUGUGAUUUCUUUCACAUAACACUGAACACUUCAUGAAAAAUAGGAAGUAGUGCAUGUUUGGUACCAGUAGUUAAUCGAUACAAAUUUAGACAAUCAGUAGUUGAGCAGAAAAGGAACAUGAAGGAAUUUAUCCUAAUUUAUGUUACCAAUGAAUAUUACUAUUCGUCUUUUGUCUUUGAGAUUGUACCUCUUGUUUCCAGAUCUCAUGAUGUUUCUCCCUUUUUGUACUGAAUUUUUCUGAAGUGCAAUAUAAGCUACCUCUUUGUCAAAAAAAAAAAUCUUGACUGAUGUAAUCCAGUUAUGACUUUUUUCAGAACAGUCCAAUCGAAGAGUAUUCCAAUAGUUUAGAGGUCUGGUUUUGACUUUUGAUCGGACCCAAUUGAACCAAUCUACUGAAUACAAGUUUUCGUAUUUGAUUGUUCCAUCUGCCUUUUCAAUGCAAAACAACGAACCAUAAAUAAAAACUAGCUUUUACCCGACCCGUUGGUCGGAUGUAUUUUAUUUUUUUACUAAUCUUAAAUGAUCGAUGCUUUGCAAUGAUUAAGGAUUGUCGAAGUAGUUUAUAAAUGAUUUGAAAGUUAUUGUGUUAUUAGUUGUUUGUGUCAUUAGCGGUAGUUAAUUCAUAGAUAUUUUUGUUGAUUAGGUACCCUAACUAUGAUGAAUCUCGCCUUGCUCAAACCUUAACUGGUUUUGUGGUAUGAUGGAAGUGAAAAUCUUGCAUAGGAGCAUAUUAGUAAUUUAUAAAUUGCCAGCGAAGACACUACCCGCAAUGAGAGUUUGUUGUCGAACACUUUUAUGCAAGUAUUUCAUAUGUUGUAUUUGAUUUUUAUAUUUUAGAAGAAAAUUUUUCACUUUUUAUUGUCAGCUUAAAUUACUGAAAAUAUUUCUUCAUAAAAUUCAGAAUUAUCAACUUGCAUUUAUAUAUUUUUUUCUAACAAAAUUAAAAUAUUUAUUCACUAAAGUAACAAUUAGAAAUCAAAAGGAUGGCCUAAUGGUAAUCUGGAAGGAAAAAAUUAAUCACAUGCUAGGUUCAAACUUUGUGGUAAAAAAUCAUCUAAAAUUAUUAUAAUUAAGAAAGUACAAAUGACAAUUGAUUAGUAACUAAUAUCUUUGUCAAAAAAUAAUUGUAGUCCUAAAAGUUUCAUUUAACUCAGGAGGAUAGUUCAAGACUAUUAUAAUGACAAAAAUGGAAGAUCUUCUACACAUUUAUUUAUAUUUUUAUUAGAUAAACCACGACGUGUCUCAAACAUAAGAUUACUUGUUGCAAAACAUUAGGAAUAACACAUGCACAGCCUCAACAGUGAUUCAACAUCAUAUUCCAUAGGAGAUACAAAACCAUCAUAUAGUUCAAGGAUGACACUCAAAAUAAAGUUUGUCAAACACA